AUGAGUAAUGGAGGAUGGGUGGGGACAUGGAGGCCUCAUCGUCCCAGAGGCCCAAUCAUGGCCCAGUAUACCAGCCCUGGGCCCAAAUACUACAUACAACCAGGCAUAGGUUAUGUUUCUCACAUCCCAACCAAAAGGAGAGCCCCUGCCUAUAGUUUGGGUGGUUCAAGACCUCCUGCCAGCAAAGACUGUCCUCCAGGUCCUUACAAAGUGCAGGGCUCCAUGACUUGCAGGGGAAGGAAAUCUGCUCCUGCUUACACAAUGGCUGGUCGCCCCAGAGUGAGAGUGGAGACUACCCCAGGUCCUGCCUCAUACUCGCCCGAAAAGGGGCAUAAAAUUAUCUAUAAAACUGCCCCUGUGCAUUCCUUGUCAUGCAGGACUUCUGGUGCGAAAGUGGACAACACACCAGGUCCUAACACCUACAUGGUCCCUGCAGUGCUUGGAUCUCACACAGCGGCCACCUCUGCCAGCCCUUCUUAUUCCAUAACAGGGAAGAGCAAACUCGGGCGGUUUGAUGAAGAUCUUCAUAAGACCCCAGGUCCUGCCGCAUAUCAGAAGCCAGCCACAGAGAUCUACAAAAAGAGGGCACCGAAGUACUCAAUGGGUGGCCAAAUCAGGAAUCUUCAAAAUAACAAAAUACCUGGACCUGCAGACUAUGAAGUAGGAAAGUUGUCAUUGACCAAAUCUUGCGCUCCAGUUGUCACUUUUGGAAUAAGACACUCAGAUUAUACAACACCUGUGAUUGUGGAUGUCUACUGA